GCCAUCGUUGCGUGAGCCACGAGCUCCCCGUCAGCUCCCUCCGCCCUUCGCCCUUCGGCUCGUCCGGGCCUGUGAUGGUGCCGUCGGCGCGUUCUGCGCGGCCCCUCUGAGUCUCGGUGCGGCGGCCAGCUCUCGGCCCGGGGUCGCCAUGCCUACGCACUGAACUACUGAAGGCCAGAGAUUAUGGCCUGUGUUUAUAUUCCCUUCAAUCAGCCUCAGGCUUGGGUCAUGAUAGGCCUCAUCAAAAGCAUGCUAAAAGAAUAAAUGUGAUUGGAUGAAUGUGCUGCUGCUGUUCUGCUUUGCGACCUCGCUACAAACGCCUGGUGGACAACAUAUUCCCUGAAGAUCCAAAAGUAAUGUGAUCUACAUCUACUGAUCCUUCUCUUUGCUGACCCAUCCUUCCCCCCUGCUGAUCUCCCUAAGGAUGGCCUUGUUAAAGCAGAUAUGGAGAAAUUGACAUUUUAUGCAGUAUCUGCUCCAGAGAAACUGGAUCGAAUUGGUUCUUACUUGGCAGAAAGGUUGAGCAGGGAUGUUGUCAGACAUCGUUCUGGGUAUGUUUUAAUAGCUAUGGAGGCAUUGGACCAACUUCUUAUGGCUUGCCAUUCUCAAAGCAUCAAGCCAUUUGUAGAAAGCUUUCUUCAUAUGGUAGCAAAACUGCUGGAAUCAGGGGAACCAAAGCUUCAAGUUCUUGGAACAAAUUCUUUUGUCAAAUUUGCAAAUAUUGAAGAAGACACACCAUCCUAUCACAGACGUUACGACUUCUUUGUAUCUCGCUUCAGUGCCAUGUGUCAUUCCUGUCAUAGUGAUCCAGAAAUACGAACAGAAAUCCGAAUUGCUGGAAUCAGGGGUAUUCAAGGCGUGGUUCGCAAAACAGUUAAUGAUGAACUUCGGGCUACUAUUUGGGAACCCCAGCAUAUGGAUAAAAUUGUUCCAUCUCUGCUGUUCAACAUGCAAAAGAUAGAGGAAGUUGACAGUCGCAUAGGCCCUCCUUCCUCUCCUUCUGCAGCUGACAAAGAGGAGAAUCCCGCUGUGCUGGCUGAAAACUGUUUCAGAGAACUGCUGGGUCGAGCCACUUUUGGGAAUAUGAAUAAUGCUGUUAGACCAGUUUUUGCGCAUUUAGAUCAUCACAAACUAUGGGAUCCCAAUGAAUUUGCAGUUCACUGCUUUAAAAUUAUAAUGUAUUCCAUUCAGGCUCAAUAUUCUCACCAUGUGAUCCAGGAGAUUCUAGGACACCUUGAUGCUUGUAAAAAAGAUUCUCCACGGGUUCGAGCAGGUAUUAUCCAGGUUCUGUUAGAGGCUGUUGCCAUUGCUGCCAAAGGGUCCAUAGGCCCCACAGUGCUAGAAGUCUUUAACACGCUGUUGAAGCACCUGCGUCUCAGUGUUGAAUUUGAAGCAAAUGAUUUACAGGGGGAAUCUGUGGGUGGCGCCAACUUAAACACAAAUUCCAAAGACAAUGAUGAGAAGAUUGUGCAGAAUGCUAUCAUCCAAACAAUAGGAUUUUUUGGAAGUAACCUACCAGAUUAUCAGAGGUCAGAAAUCAUGAUGUUCAUUAUGGGGAAAGUACCUGUUUUUGGAACAUCCACCCAUACUUUGGAUAUCAGUCAAUUAGGGGAUUUGGGAACCAGGCGGAUUCAGAUAAUGUUGCUGAGAUCUUUACUUAUGGUAACCUCUGGGUACAAAGCAAAGACGAUCGUUACUGCACUGCCUGGGUCUUUUCUAGAUCCUUUGUUAUCGCCUUCCCUCAUGGAAGACUAUGAACUAAGACAGUUAGUCUUGGAAGUAAUGCAUAAUCUCAUGGAUCGCCAUGACAACCGGGCAAAGCUUCGGGGGAUCAGAAUAAUACCAGAUGUUGCUGACCUAAAGAUAAAGAGAGAAAAAAUUUGUAGACAAGACACAAGUUUCAUGAAAAAGAAUGGGCAACAGCUAUAUCGGCACAUAUAUUUGGGCUGUAAAGAGGAAGACAAUGUUCAGAAGAACUAUGAGCUACUUUAUACUUCUCUUGCUCUCAUAACUAUUGAAUUAGCCAAUGAAGAAGUGGUUAUUGAUCUCAUUCGAUUAGCCAUUGCUUUACAGGACAGCGCAAUUAUCAAUGAAGAUAAUUUGCCAACAUUCCAUCGUUGUGGAAUCAUGGCGCUCGUUGCAGCAUACCUCAACUUUGUAAGUCAGAUGAUAGCUGUCCCUGCAUUUUGCCAGCAUGUUAGCAAGGUUAUUGAAAUUCGAACUAUGGAAGCUCCUUAUUUUCUACCAGAGCAUAUUUUCAGAGAUAAGUGCAUGCUUCCAAAAUCUUUAGAGAAGCAUGACAAAAAUUUGUACUUCUUGACCAACAAGAUUGCAGAGUCUCUAGGUGGAAGUGGCUAUAGUGUUGAGAGAUUGUCAGUACCCUAUGUACCACAAGUAACCGAUGAAGAUCGACUUUCUAGAAGAAAAAGUAUUGUGGACACCGUAUCCAUUCAGGUGGAUAUUUUACCCAACAGUGUUCCCUCUGAUGAUGUGGUUAGUAACACUGAAGAAAUCACCUUUGAAGCAUUAAAGAAAGCAAUUGAUACCAGUGGGAUGGAAGAACAGGAGAAGGAAAAGAGGCGUCUUGUGAUAGAGAAAUUCCAAAAGGCACCUUUUGAAGAAAUAGCAGCACAAUGUGAAUCCAAAGCAAAUUUGCUUCAUGAUAGACUUGCUCAAAUAUUGGAACUCACCAUACGCCCCCCUCCCAGUCCAUCAGGAACACUGACCAUUACUUCUGGGCAUGCCCAGUACCAGUCUGUCCCAGUCUAUGAGAUGAAGUUUCCAGAUCUGUGUGUGUACUGAGCGGCUCAUGAAGACCUCAGCAUGGGAUUCUAAAGUCUAAAAGUUAAGGUCAAGACAAGUUUUCAGAGUUUACUUAAUGCAUAUUAGCAUACUUCUUGGAAAGGAUGAGACUUAUUUUUAGCCAAAUGCUUGGCAUACCGUAUUAGAAAUUUUGGAACCUAUAUAUGAUUUAGAAGAUAAUAACCUACUUUUGGAGAUAGAUUGAUGCCUGUUAAUUCCUUUUAAGGUAGGUUCCUAUUGGUUUUUGAAGUUGAACAUAUAUUGGUCUCACAUUAUUUCAUUGUUAAACAAUAUAUUUUAAACUUUUCACAAACAUGUAAUUUAAAAAUUCUGCCUUCAGAGGGUUGAAAAUGUCUGCUGUAUUUCUUAGACACCUACACAGCUGCUUAGAGGUAGAAUUGCUUUUGUUUUUUGGUAUUUGCAAAAGCGAAUACAUACAAAUAUAUUCCUAAUCCUGGGGCUGCAAGCAGUUCUGUGGCUCUUUGUCCCCAUGUGUUUGAUGUAACAACAGACAUCCCUCUACUUGUUUACUGUACCAAUAUGUGAUAGGCAUUCCUCAACUUGUUUAUGGUAGUAAGACAUCUAUUAAAUAAUAUUCCUAGAAUAUGACCCUAAAAUCACCAUACUUUAAAGUAUCCAGUCUUGUAAUACUGUGUUUUCUGCUGAGAGUUUGGCCAUUGUACUUGAGAGGCUUAGAGCUUACUCUUGAAAUCCCGAACUGUGCAAUAUUUUUACAUCAUAAGAUGUAUUAGUUUACAGACUAUAGUUUGAAAUUAAACUAGUAUUUUGCUGUGGCUCCUUAAUUAAAUGAAAUAUAUAUUUAGUAUAGAAGAAAAGACAUUUAAAACAGCUGCUGGUUCACCUGUGAAGAGUUUGUACAUUUUGAUUUCUGUUAAAAGCACAUUAAUUUACAUUUUUAUAUUGUGCAGUGUUUUAAAUCCUCAUAGUAAAAAAAUUCCCGGAUGAACUUUUAAUUUUUAAGAUUUGAACAUAACUUUUAGGCAUCUGUGUUUACGAUUUAUUACAUUACAUUUGAAAAGAGUGCCUAUGGUUUUAGCAAUCAGUGUGCUAAGGAUUGUCAGUUUAAACUUCUGUUGACUUAAGCUAUCAGGAUUACACAUGUACCCUACACAUAGACUAAAACAUGUUUAGUGUUUUCUUAAAAUUAUGUACAUUUGAGUAAAUUCCAUCACAUGGCAAAAAUGAACAACUUUCUUUGCAACUCUUAUAAAAUUCUUUUAGGACUUUUUAAAUAAAAGAACUUGUUUAUAAUUCUGGUACCUCUUCAGAUUUAUUUUCUUUUUACAUAAAAUAAUAGACAUACCAAAAAUUACAGCCCAAAAAGCAAUUCAGUUUAGUUUAUUUUUGUUUGAAAAAUUGCAGUGGGAAAUAGCAUGUUAUAACUUUGUGUUUAUGAUUAUUUGAGCCCUGUUACUGGAAACAGAAAAAAGGAAGGAAGUGAUAAUAGAGCAAGCAUACCCAAGAUUUUUUGAAAAUUUAAACCAAAAUACAGCAUCUUGAAGUGUCUUACAAAAGAUCCUAGUCAUUUAAACCAGUAAAAUGAUCUCAAACGAUCCUGGGCUCUAGGUUAGUACAUGUAGAUAAACCAGACCUUGUUACCAGACUCAGUACAUGCGGGCGCCACGGAGGGUUAGGAAGUCCCACUGCAGCUGUCACUGUAGCUGCCUUGUGAACAGGCCAAACGUUUCACUGUUUAGGUGGUUUUAUGCUUUUUAUUUCCCUUUUUUCUUCUAUAUUUUUAAAGAAGGAUAUUAAUAUUUAUGCAUUUAAAAAAAUCUAAGCAGGAGGACAUGCUAAAACAUCAUCCACUUGGAUGUCAUUUUAUAGAUUAACACUGUGUGCUUUUGUAUGAAAAAUAUAAUUUAGUAUAAGAAAAGAUACACAUUUGCACUCAUGCAAAACAAACUUUGCUCUACAAAAAUUCAUGUUUCUUUGUGACUUAAAAAUGCAUGUAUUGCAUGUUAAGGGAAAACCAUUUGAGUUAAUGUUUAUCACACCUUUCUCUUGGUCUGUUUGUAAACUGUUGGUGUGGGUUUGUGGGUUUUUUUCCUUGUUGUCAUUCUUAAAUCAUAGUAGACUUCUGUAUAUCCUAGAUUGCUGAACUUGUCUUGUUAAUAGUUAUUCCCAAGAAAUGGAUAUUUUCUUUGCCCUGUUCCUUGCAGGAGAUUGCAGAUCCAGCAGGUAAUAGGUGUACAUACUGUAUUGCAGCCAGUUUGGAGACGGAAAAUUUAGGAUUUGUUGAAGUUCACUGUAUUGCUCUAUUUUUGUAGAUAUUUAAAACUCUUAAAUAAACUUAAUCAUUCUCUUUUUGCUGUA